UUGUAGCCUACGUAGUGGGCGACUGGGCGCCAUACGCCUGCCUACCGCCGAGCCAGCUUUGAUUGGACAAACCCUGGUCCCUUUCGUCCCAACAGCCGUGCAAAAGUCGCUGGAAAUGUAACUUUGUAGCCUACUGGUAAAAGUGUCGCCAGGAGAACAAAGAGUUAACAUGUAGAAAUGGAUUUUAUGAAACUUUUUGGCACGGUUUUCGCCGUUUUCCUCUACCCGGGAUGUGCGUCUAAAAUCAAUGGCCACCGGAUCUGUCGCCGGGGGAGGGAGCGCCCCUGCUACCAGGUCUUCUACGUCCACGACAGCCGGGGGCGGUUGACCUACGAGGAGGCCCGCCUCGCCUGCCGCUCCGACGGCGGCGAGCUGCUCAGCAUCGAGACGGAGAGCGAGCAGCGGCUGGUGGAGCGCUUUAUCCAGCAGCUGAAGGUGGGCGAGGGGGACUACUGGAUCGGCCUGCGCAGGAACCCUCAGCGAAGCAGGCCCGCCGGCGCCAGCCCGCCAGCCUGCCCGUCACAGUACUACUGGCUGGACGGCAGCAGAGCCAAGUUCAGGAACUGGCACUGGGAUGAGCCGUCAUGCGGCGCUGAGAUGUGCACCGUCCUGUACCACCAGCCCUCCGCACCGCCUGACGAGAGGGGCCAUUUCCUCUUCCAGUGGAACGAUGACAACUGCAAUUCCAAGAACAACUAUGUCUGCAAAUAUGCGUUGGCAGAAAGAUUACCUGCAUUUACAGAGAUGGGGAAAACUGUAACCACAGUGACAUCCCCGAAGCCGUCAACAACAGAGAGCGUUGAAAAGCUUGAAAUAGCACUGCCUGAACCUUCAGUGUCACUGUCAGACAACGCUCUGUACAUUUACUACACCCUCUGUGUGGCUGGGCCUGUACUACUGCUGUUAUUGUUGCUGGCGACAGGGUUUCUGUGCUACAGUCGAGUUGCUAAAAGGAGAAAACCGGCCACGGACCCCCAUCACCUUCCCGGUGCGGCGGCGGCGGCAGACCCGUGCGUCACCCAGGGCCCGUACGCCUUCAGCGACGUGACCAAGCUCCACUACGCCAACCCGGACAGCUGCGUCACGUUGGCAGACCUCAAAAAGAUGUACUUUUACGCUUCCUCGCCGGAUGGCGCACAGUGUGACGAUUACGAGAACCUGCCGUGCCCUGAGCGGGAGCAGGGCUUCGUGACCAACGACAUCUACGAGAUUUGCAGACAGCAGGGCCGCCGCUCACGUCCGCCCGCCGGCUGGGUGGAAAACGAGAUCUAUGGAUAGACCCGCUGUCGGCUGGCUCCUGUCUGUGUGGGAGCCAGACGGCCACACAUUUCCAGUGACUCAUGCCCCACUCCGGAAUGUAUGGCUAUCAACUCCCCUCUCCCCCCCCCCCCCCCCCCCCCCCCCCCCCACCCUUCUUCAUCUCUAUAAACUAUACUUGGUUCGAUAUAAAGUGUCCAGUAUACUAAUUGUAUGUUUCCGAGUCCAAGUCGAUUAAUUCCAUGAUCUAAGAUGUAAAUCCCACUGGAUUCAUUGUUUUAAGUCUGUCAUUCGGAUUUCUGAUUGAAGUCUAAUCAUUACAGUGUCUUGAUGGUUAAUAUGCAUUCCAAACCCACCUAGAUAAAGUCAUCAUCCAGUAUUCAUUUGACAGGGGCCCUGCUAUUCCACAGUGACACACAAGCAUUAUUAGUUUAGGACUGUAGGAAUCAGAAGUAAGGAUUGUUUUGUUUGUUUAGGUUUUUGUAUCAAGUUCUGAUGAGGCAGUGUUAGUUAAACAUCACAACAAAAGUAAGUGUAUACAAUAAAAGAGACACAGCAAUUGUGUCUUCUUAUAUACA